CUCUACCUACAUCAUUAAUAUAACUUUGCUCUGCUGUUUUCCAGUUUUCACUGUAUUCACUGUAUUCCAGUUCACACAGUAUUCACUGUGUGCUGGAUAAAAUCAGAUGAAAGCAGGAGCAAAGAGAUUGAAAGAAUUACAGCCAACGGCAUGAACAAGAAUUUUCUUCAUUCAAGUCAAUCAGAUCCAUGUAAGGGCCCGUGAAUGAACCAGUCCACAGCUGUGAAAUGACACUGCCCAUGCAGCAGAGAAGCCAAGUUACGUUCUACAGGCAGCAGAGCUUGGAAGGGCAGAGAGAACCGAGCAGCAACCUGCCUCAGAUAGACAGCUAGGACCCACCCCCUGUGGUAUUCCCCAAGUUUCCUGCUCAAGGAAGAGCCAACAGAUUUGCAUCUGCAACUUUCUCUCUUCUGACUGAAUCCUACCAGUAGUUUACUUCAGAUGGCUGAGAAAACAAGCAGAGGCCCGCAGGAUGGCCCUGGCUCGUCUCCUGAUGAAAAUGAAUUUCCUUUUGGAUACCCCACUAACAUUUGUGAGGAUGUGCCUGAUCAGAAGUACCUGUGCAGCAACUGCAAUAACGUUCUGAAGAAGGCCCUGCAGACGCUCUGUGGGCACAGGUACUGCUCAGCCUGCCUCGCCUGGAUUGCACGAAACAAUAAAAAUGCAAUUUGCCAGAAAUGCAAAGAGGAAGAUCCCAGCACUUUCAGUGAGGGAAGCCUGUUGGCAGAAGAAAGGGCAUUUGGUGAUGCUGCUAUUAAUAAAGAGAUUUCUGAACUGAGAGUACACUGUGUGACCCUGGGAUGCAGCUGGUCUGGUAUCAUGAAAAACUUCGAAGAGCAUCAGAGCUUAUGUGAAUAUGCUUUAAUCCCUUGUCACACUGGUUGUGGACACAUGGUGAUGAGAAAGAAACUUGCAGAUCAUUUGGAAAACGGAUGUGUUAAUAACGUGACAACGUGUCAGAGGUGUAAGAAGAGCUUAUCCAGUAGCGAAUACCAAGAACAUUCAUGUGAAGGCAGUUUAUGUAAGGAACAAAACCAUGUGCAAACAGAAACACCAUCAAGAGAAAAGAACUGCUCUACACCUUCAGUCAACAAGGAUGGCUGUCGCUUUUCUGAGGUCGGCUGUUCAUUUAGGGGAAGCAAAGAGAAGGUAAAGAAUCAUGAGAGAACUGCAGUUGGAGCCCACAUGCUGCUUCUGCUGCAGCAUAUAAAGCAACUGAAGGCAAGCUUGUGCACUGCUGCCAAAGCUGCAAAUGGUUUCAUCCCACAGACAGAGCUUAGUGUGAACAGUGCAGGAAAAAGCAUCCCUGAUCUGCAGAUCCUAGCAGGGAUGGAAAUCCGUGGGGAUCUGGAAGAAGAUUGUUUUCCUGAAUCUUCCAUUUCUGAAGAGGAAUCUGCUCUGCAGCAACUUGUGAAGGAGAAAGUGAUUUCUGAGCUAGAAAAUAAGCUACAAGUGUUUGAGAAUAUUGUGGCAGUGCUCAAUAAAGAGGUGGAGAUCUCUAGCUUGGAAAUCGUGGCCUUUCGGAGACAGAGUGAACUUGAUCAAAAUAUAAUACGAAGCCUUGAACUGAAGAUUGCAGAGUUGCACCGGUGCCUGACGCAGAAGGACGUAGGCCUGAGCAGCCUUCAUAAGAGUCUUCUGUUCUCUGAGCAAGCUUCCUAUGAUGGGGUCUUUCUGUGGAAAAUAACAGAUGUUGGCAGGAAGUUACAAGACUCUGUGACUGGAAGAACAGUCAGUUUGUAUUCACCAGCUUUCUACACUGCAAAAUAUGGCUACAAGGUCUGUCUGAGGGUGUAUCUGAAUGGGGACGGGACAGGAAAAGGAACCCACAUGUCCCUGUUCUUUGUUGUCAUGAAAGGAGACUACGAUGCUUUGCUCCCAUGGCCUUUCAGGAACAAGGUUACAUUUAUGUUGCUUGACCAAAACAACAGGGAACAUGUUAUUGAUGCAUUUCGCCCAGACUUGACUUCUGCUUCAUUUCAGAGACCGGUGAAUGAUAUGAAUAUUGCAAGUGGCUGUCCCAUGUUUCUCCCUUUGUUCAAAUUACAGUCACCUAAAUACGCCUAUGUGAAGGAAGACACACUUUUCCUUAAAUGCAUUGUAGAAACAAAUUAUUAAAUCUUGAAAAAUGGGUGGCUGGUAAUAAAACACCCACUGAAUUUCAUUAGUUUACAAGGAAACCAAAACAUCAGCUUGAGACCUUGUAUUAGUUGUUGUGUGCACACAAAAUCCAGAGAGCCCAAGCCUGAAUCCCUGAAUCCAUUCAUGUCAGCUGAACAUCUGCCUGCUAGAGUUAGCUACAGCUGAGCAUGCCCAGCACUUUGCCCAUGGAUAUUGGAAAUGAGAACUGUGAUUAUUUCAUCAGAACAGCCAAUACUCCUGGUGUAGAUGUCAGUUAGUCACACACACCCCUGCACAUGCACUUGUGGAAAGAAGCACUAUUCUUUCUCACACCUGGCCCAGAUGUGGGUGUCAUUCUGCUGGUAGUGGGCAGGGAGAGCAGCCAGAGCUCCCUUCUGGCACCGUGGGGUUAGGAGGUUUCGGAAGCUGAGCUUUCCCCAUCCUCCCCUGGCUGCGCAGCAACAUUCCCAGGAGGCAUGGUGCUGGCUGGCAGCCCUGGUGUGGGCUUCUGCCUGUUCCUCCACCAGGGACAUGGGCAGAUUCCUUCCCCUGAGGCACUGAUUGGGUGUCUCUGUGCUUAUUGGUGACCUUGAAAGCAGUGACUUGUGGUUAGCAUUUGUAACUGGAGUUGAUACCAGAUGAUUUAUGUCUUGCUAUUUAUUUUAGAUCUAUAUUUAUGUGCUCUGUAAAGAGAUGUCCUAUUACAUCAGCAAUCGGUGACCACAUUGCACUGUGCCUUGGGGAAAUCACCUCUUAUAUUUCCAAAGGAGUUGUUUGACUUUCCCAUUUCAGAUUUUGAGCUCUGAGGGCUGGUAACCCCAGGGAAGUUGAGAGCCAGUCCAGGCAGUGUAAGGACCCCUCAGUAGCUCCAUUUUCAAGUGUUCAGUCACUUCCCGAACCUUCAAGGCAAGUGACUUAAUAGAAAAUACUGAUUUUAUUUUUUACUGCUUUAUUAUUUUUAUGUCUAAUUCUUAUCACACGCUAAAAUAGAACUAACUCUUAGACAUGGUUUUGUCUUUUAUUGUUAUCUUAAAAUAGAAGUAAGGAAUGAAUAAUUUCACUUGUUUUUUAAUGAGUGAAUUAAACUUGGAAAUCAUGCUUGGACUGCAUCAAAAAGAGUGUGUCUGACUGGUCAAGAGAGGGGAUUCUCUCCACUCUGGUAAGACCCUCCUGCAGUCCUGCAUCCAGUUCUGGAACCAGGCUGAGAGAGCUGGGCUGGGUCAGCCUGGAGAAGAGAAGGCUCCUGAAGGGGAGAACUGAGAGCAGCUCCAGUCCCUGAAGGGGCUCCAGGAAACCUGGAGAGGGGCUUUGGACAAGGGCCUGUAGGGACAGGACAAAGGGAAUGGCUUUAACCUGCCCGAGGGGAGACUGAGAUGAGCUCUUAGGCAGAAGCUCUUCCCUGGGAGGGUGCUGAGGCGCUGGCACAGGGUGCCCAGAGAAGCUGUGGCUGCCCCAUCCCUGGCAGUGUUCAAGGCCAGGUUGGACACAGGGCUUGGAGCAAGCUGCUCUAGUGGAAAGUGUCCCUGUCUGUGGCAGGGGCUAGAGCUGGAUGAGCUUUAAGGUCCCUUCCAACCCAAACCAUUCCAUGAUUUGAGACCCCAGGUCUCUCUGUUUCUUUCUCUCUUCCAUGUUUAAACUGUUCUUUCAGGGACAGAAAGUUAUUUUUCCAGUAAUGUGCCAAUCCCCAUAACCACACUGGAGUAACAUGCCUAAAAAUAUGCUGCUUUUCAUGGCUGUGUGAUUUUGACAAGUGCUGUAUUUAUUACAACCAUUCCAAUUUUCUUACAAUUUUAUUUAUUUCCUAAAUAAAGCUUAUUAAGUUAAAAAAUAA